UCCCUGAUGAGGAGAGACACCUAGCAGUCUAGCAGCAACAGGUCCCUUGUGCACACGCACGGCCAGCGCCUCGCCGAUGCAUUCGCGAACCCAAAUCACUGACGCCGACGGCACGACUGGCGGAGGUCGCCGUGACUACAACAGCACUCUGCGCUUCCAUAUAACUGAACAAAGUUAACCGAGCCUCACCUUUUCACAGCACGACAUGCCUUGCCGCCGCAUCCCGUCGAGCCGUCAAACACCCACGCUGACCGCCGCCGCCGCCCACUCAAAUCUCCCGCCGAGCCCCGCCCGCCACCAGCAAUGGAGGCCCGCCUGCUCAAGACCCGACCGCUCCACGCCAUCUUCUCAGACGCCACCAUCUCCCGCGCCGCACGCAACCUGUUCGACGCGGUGCCGCGCCCGACCCAGGCGCUCUGCAGCACCUUUCUCUCCGCGCUCUCCCGGAGCUCCUCCCACCAGGAGCUCCUCCAAGCCUUCUCGUCGAUUCAUCGCAAGGGCGCCGACGUCCCGUCCGGCUGCGUCCCGCUUGCUUUCAAGUCGUGCGCGCUCACCGCAUCGUCCUGCCAAGGUAGGCAGGUGCACUCCCAUGCUCUUGUCCGCGGGCUGCUUGGGGAUGUCUUUGUGCUAACAGCUCUGGUGGAUUUCUAUGCCAAGAACGGAGACAUGGAGUCUGCCGUCAGUGCCUUUAACGAGAUGCCCGUCAAGGAUCCAAUACCGAUAAACUGUUUGAUCACCGGAUAUUCAAAGUCUGGUGAUGUGAAUAAGGCCAGGAAGCUGUUUGACGGCAUGGAGAGGAGGACAUCCGCUUCGUGGAAUUCGAUGAUCGCCUGUUAUGCUCAUGGUGGGGAAUUCCGGGAAGCAUUGACGUUGUUUGAUCGGAUGCUGAGUGAGGGUGCAAGACCAAACGCUAUCACCAUCACGUCAGUGUUUUCGAUAUGCGCCAAGUCUGGCGAUCUUGAUACUGGCAAGCGUGUAAGGGCUCUGAUCGGUGAGGAGGACCUGCAGAACGUGAUAGUGCACACUGCUUUGAUGGAAAUGUAUGUAAAGUGUCGUGCUAUCGACGAUGCACGUCGGGAGUUUGACCGGAUGUUGCAGAGAGAUGUCGUGGCAUGGAGCACCAUGAUUGCAGGUUAUGCGCAGAAUGGCAGGCCACUCGAAUCUCUAGAACUGUUUGAGAGGAUGAAGGAAACCGAUUGCAGACCAAAUGAAGUGACACUUGUUGGUGUGCUAUCUGCGUGUGCGCAGUUGGGUUCUGAUGAAUUGGUUGAGCAGAUUGGGAACUAUGCUGAGAACCAGAGGCUACCACUUACGAGUUACCUAGGAUCUGCGCUAAUCGACAUGUACACCAGGUGCGGACAUGUUGGAAGAGCCCGGAGUGUCUUCAGCCGGAUGGAACAAAAAGGGGUUAUCACUUGGAACUCCAUGAUCAGAGGCCUAGCAAUGAAUGGCUUUGCAGAAGAUGCAAUCAGCUUGUAUGAAAAAAUGGCGGAAAACGGGGUCCAGCCCAACGAGAUCACCUUCGUUGCGCUGCUAGCAGCGUGCACGCAUGCUGGCUUGGUAGACCAAGGUAUGGCAUUCUUCGAAGAGAUGAAGAGAGAACACCAUGUUUCCCCUCAAGUGGAGCACUGCGCAUGCAUAGUGGACCUCCUGUGCAAAUCCGGCAGACUGUGGGAGGCGUACAAGUUUAUCUGCGACAUGGAAGUCAAACCAAACGCGGUGAUCUGGACCACACUGCUCAGCUCCUGCAGAGUCCAUGCCGAUGUCGAGCUCGCCAAGCUUGCCGCGAGCAAGCUCCUGGCAAUGGAGCCCGACAACUCCUCAAUCUACGUCCUCCUGUCCAAUAUAUAUGCCGAUGCCGGCCUCUGGGGCGAUGUGAGGGAGAUCAGGGACCUGAUGAGGAGCAAGAACGUGCAGAAGCUGUCUGCCUACAGUUGGAUAAAGCUGGAUGGUGAGGUGCACAAGUUCCUGGUGCAAGACACAUACCACCCGAGAUCAGCUGAGAUUUAUGACGUCGUCCAUGGCUUGGGGUUGCUCUUGGACCGAGCCGACUCUGAUCCCGACCUGCUAGUUUCAGAGCUCUGUUGAACUUUUAUUUUUGACAGCUGAGAGCUCUGUUUUUUGAAGGAACACAAAGCAUUACAUUGAUUGGGCGAGCUGCACUCGCCAGCAGACAAAUUCUUUUACAUAUAUUGGAAAGGUAUCAAAGCCAAAUCUGAUAGAUUCUUGACUCCAUAAGUAGCUAAACAAUGUGCAGAAAUAUUACAAAGCCGUGAGCAAGCUUCUACCUUAAACAACUGAAAAGCUGAUUGCAACACAUCUCUUUUUUCUGACAGAGAUUGCAUCAUAUGCAGUUGGAGUGAGUAUAUGAUCUCAUAGGCAGUCCUAUCGCUUCUCUUUGAUUAGCUCUGUUUCUUUCAAACCACAAUAUACUACAAAUGAAUAUAGACUUUCAGACAUUUUGCCUCUAUUUUCAGAAUAUCCUCCAUCAUCUAGAUAGCAUUUGGGCAAUUGAUAAGUUGCAUUCGACACUUCCAAAAAAGCAGUUCUCCAAGUAACCUUGACAAAUUUGCACUUUAGGAAGCACUAACCUUGACAAAUUUACACUUUAGAAAGCAAUAACCUUGACAAAUAUGCACUGUAGAAAGCAAUGACCUCUGUUUUCAUCUACUCCCUCCAUUCCUAAAUAUUUGUCUUUCUAGAGAUUUCAACAAGUGACUACAUAUGGAGCAAAAUGAGUGAAUCUACACUCUAAAAUAUGUCUAUAUACAUCCGUAUAUGGUAGUCCAUUUGAAACCUAUAAAAAGACUUAUAUUAAGGAACAGAGGGAGUAAUUAACAGCAUAUUGGACAUGGUCUAUCCACAUGCUGGACAGGGUAAAGUCCACAAUUUCUUCCAAAAUAUGCUGCCACUUUGAACACUAUCACUUGAUGAUGAAGCUACACCGUGCGCAGAGUUCCUGGUUUGGUUGUCCAAGCUGGUGUAUCUUCAGCCCUUCCUGGAUCGGAAUUUGGAGAAAGACAUGUACAUCUUCUUCGUUAGAAGUUGAUAGUGUUCAAAGUCAAGAUUCAUAUGAAUAGUACUACUAAGUUAAAUAGCGUACACAUGAUAUACAUUUGUCUUUUCUGUAGAGUUCACAAGAUGUUAUAUCUUGUAAUGAGUUUUUGCAGGUGCAAAUUAUAUAGCAUAACUUAUAUCCAUAAUAUUUCAGGAUUUGUGAGAACUCCAAAAAUAAAAAAGAGGGAGAAUAUGGGGUGCACGGGGACGUGGUGUUUCUCGGCUCGAGUGAACAUUGGCAAAAGUUUCCAGUGCUCACCAAAUUUCAUCAUGGAAUGAUAUUUUUGGAUUUCAUGGCAAAAAAAAAAACUAUGCUCCAAAAGUGGUAUUUUCGAAAGCAUUUUGGAGUGCUGAUUUUUUUUUUGCCACGACUCCCACAAAUGUCAUUUCAUGAUGAAAUUUUGCAGGCACUCAAAAGAUUUGUCAACGUUGGCCACAAAAAAAAAUAUCAGAUUUUGUUGUAAUUUAUUUCAAUAUUUUUGGAUUUUACUGUUCAUCACGAGCUCAAUGAGCUUGCGAGUAGAAGAUGACUUUCGGUUCAUGGGCAACUAUUUGCCAAACGUUUCCCGCAAAAAAAAACUAUUUGCCAAAUUUACUUUCCGGUGUUUCCAUCUCCUACUCUCCAUAUAAUUCCACCCUUUUAGCACGUGUGCUCCAUUCAAAAUACCUUUCUGUACGGUACAGAAUAUUUUUUACAUCACCUUACUUCUCCAACAAUAUGAAAUGACACUCCUCUUGAUUUGAUUGCGGUACUCUUUGUUUCAUGAGUGUUGGCCUUCUA